UUAGCACUUCUUACACACUACAGCACAGGCUGAGUAUUCUCAAGCCAAAUUAUAUCAUUGUAAUUUCUGGCUCUCCCCAUAAUGAGAGGUAGAACUUCAAACAAUGUAAUAGUUUCGAGAUUGAUAGUAGUAGUAUUGCUCGCCCUACAGGGUGCAUCGUUGGUGCAUGGCCAAGUUGGCACCUGUGUAGGGUUCUAUUCACAAACAUGUCCUCGAGUAGAAUCCAUUGUUCGAUCUACUGUUCAAACUCAUUUUGAGUCUAAUCCUACCAUCGCUUCGGGGCUGUUGAGGAUGCACUUUCAUGAUUGCUUUGUGCAUGGUUGCGAUGCUUCUGUCCUUAUUGAGGGGACUAACACUGAGAGAACAGCCCCACCUAACAGGUUGUUAAGAGGAUUUGAAGUCAUUGAGGAUGCCAAGGCCAAGCUUGAAGUUGCAUGUCCUGGCAUCGUUUCUUGCGCUGAUAUUCUUGCCCUUGCUGCCCGUGAUUCUGUUUUUUUGACCAAGGGACAGAGCUGGCAAGUGCCUACUGGACGCAGAGAUGGCAGGGUAUCAUUGGACUCAGAUGCUGCCAAUUUGCCUGCCUUUAAUGAUUCCAUUGAUGUUCAAAAGCAAAAGUUUGCAGAGAAAGGUCUCGACACUAAAGAUCUUGUUGUCCUCGCUGGUGGACACACCAUUGGAACAGCAGCAUGCCGGCUAUUCAGUUACAGACUAUACAACUUUACCACAAGUGGGAAUGGUGCUGAUCCUACCAUUGACCCAGCUUUCCUGCCUCAACUCCGAGCUCUCUGCCCACAAAAUGGUGACAGAACAAGGCGUGUAGGACUAGAUCCUGGUAGCCAAAACAGAUUUGACACGUCUUACUUCUACAACUUGAUGAAAGGCCGUGGAGUACUCGAGUCGGAUCAAAAGUUAUGGACUGAUGCCUCCACAAAAACUUUUGUUAAACGUUUCUUGGGAGUGACUGCCUUCAAUGUGGAGUUUGGAAGGUCCAUGGUGAAGAUGAGCAACAUUGAUGUUAAAACAGGAACCCAGGGUGAAAUUCGCAAAAUAUGCUCUGCAAUUAACUAACUGGCCAGUCAUUAGAGCUCUAUCAAAAGGGACCAGAGAGGACUAGAAUAUUAUUUAAUUAUUGGCGUUAGCCAAUUAAGUAGAUUCGGCGUGCAUUGUGUUUAAUAAUGUGUUUAGAUUAUAGGAGUAAGUAUGGAUGGCGUAAGAUCAUCAGGAAUAUUGGCUAAUAUUCCGAUCGCAAGAUUUACAUGAUUGAUCUGAGCUGAUAUAAUAUAUAUAUAUAUAUAUAUCUAUAAAUGUAGUGGUUGAAAAUAAAAAUAAAUAACAAUUAUUGAUCAUAUAUAUAGAAUUUUAUAAGAAA